AUGAAAUGUCCUGAGGAGAGGAAUAGUGCUCUGGAUUCUUGUACCACAUGUUUGAGACUAAUUUCCCCUUGUGUUGACUGCACAUCAUAUUCAGACUUUGAAUCUUUACAGUAUGCUGAUGCUCAUUUAGAUGCUCUUAGUCUCUGUGUCGGUAGGAUUUCCGUGAAAGUUGAAUCUCUGAACCGAGGGUUUGAACGUCACAUUGAUGGUAGGACCUGCUCAUAAAGAUGUCCAUGUAGUUUCAUGCGUUUUCUGAACACCUGACCUGUUAAGUGCCAUUGUCUAGAGUUGAGACUGUUAUGUUUUCUAUCUAAUGCCAUUUAUUGCUCAAAAAAAAAGUCCUCUUGCAUUAUCUCCAGUGUAGCAUGCCUAGGUUUCUGCUGUUCUUACUUUAAUGUCCUUCAUAUGAGCAUGUUGAAUGCUAGUCCUGGAAGUGCUUAAAGACUCGUUCAGUGUUGAUAAUGACAUUUUCUGAAUGAGGCUGUUAAUUUAAAGAUCCAAGAGGAAAGAAAAAGCAAAGAAUAUUUGACUGCUUGUUCACUGAUGGCAAACAGUGCGAUUAUAUAUCUGAUCUUUGCAGUGUCGUCCCAGACCUUGCACCUUAGGUUCUGCUGCAAUUACACAGGUAAGCGAAACCUAAGGAAACAAGUGUUUUUGUCCAGUGACAUGACAAAUAUGACAUGCAAAGAAAUGCUUACCUGUGUCUUUAAUAUGCCCUCAAUGCAUUUUUACUCUUAGAAAUGUUCAGGAUCUCCAAGUAGCCCUUUAAAGCUGAUCUGAUUUAUGAAUGAACUGCAUGAUAUGACUUGUUACAUGACGUUAAAGUGAUUUCACCAAGUCGUUGCAUAGGCUCACUAAGGAAAUGUUUUUGUGGUAAACUCUUAAUGGUUUGAUAUUAGCCUUAAACUUUGCAUACCUGGUAAGUCCUGAGUGGUUUAUCAAAACUGCAUGCCAUGUCAGAAGUUUAGCAAAUGUGGUAAACCGGCUUAGGUCAAAGUCGUUGAAAUACAUGAUUUGAUUUCUCUGUCGUGGUGUGAAUCUGCCCUCAAAGUGCAGUGCAAAUCUCCUAUUGAAACGCUGCUGCCUUCACUUCUCGCUCACAGUGUUGGAGGAUGAUGGUGCUGCAAGCUUAGGUCAUAGAAUCAGGCCCUGUCGUAGUUUGUCCCCAAAAGGAGGAAUCCUUUGA